AAUGGAUCGCUGUACAAUUCCGCACUCUACCUGAAACUGUCAUAUGACCCAUUCGUGCUGGUGGCGGCCGCGUAAGCCAUAUUUGUCAGUGGGUUCGCUAGUUCCGUAGUGUGUUGUGCACCUUUUACACCUCACCGACCUGUAAAUACUCUCCGGAAAGAUGACGAACGAAAACCCAAUCUACGGACCCUUCUUCGGAGUCAUGGGGGCAGCCUCCGCCAUCAUUUUCAGUUCGCUGGGUGCGGCAUACGGUACCGCAAAAUCAGGCACCGGUAUCGCGGCCAUGUCCGUGAUGCGGCCGGAGCUGAUCAUGAAAUGCAUCAUCCCCGUGGUCAUGGCGGGUAUCAUUGCCAUCUACGGUCUGGUUAUCGCCGUACUUAUUGCCGGUGGUAUUGAGGAUAGUUCUACCUAUUCCCUCUUCAAGGGCUUUAUACAUCUAGGCGCAGGCCUAUCAGUAGGUUUCAGCGGUCUGGCGGCCGGUUUCGCCAUAGGCAUAGUAGGAGACGCCGGGGUGCGCGGAACAGCUCAGCAACCCCGUCUCUUCGUCGGCAUGAUCCUGAUCCUGAUUUUCGCCGAAGUAUUGGGUCUGUACGGCCUUAUUGUAGCCAUCUACCUCUACACUAAGUCCUAAGCGCGUUGCCCCGCCCCACCAUCAUCCACCGUCAACGUUCGUUUUUGCUCUUUUCCCCCAAAAAGGGGGAGGAAUAUCAACCCCCUCUCCCAAUAUCAUCUUUGCCCCUACAUCCCGGUCCUCUCAAUACAUUCAUAUGUCAACGUUCUGCUGUUUUUUUGGUAACGGUGCGAGUUUUUUUUGUUAGGGGAUGUGUAUGGGUUUUCACCGUAUGGCCACCUUUAGGAAAUUGUACAGGUCAGUGAGGUGUCAUACCGAAUCCGUCUGUACAAUAUUUGAUAUCAAUCUCGAAUAAAGUCGCUUAUAAAGCUCUAUCUUGAGCGUAAUCUCAUCGUAACAGUUGUCGAAUAUCAAUCAGUAUUUAGGAGAAUCCAAAACUCAGCUCAGAAGUGGGAUUUUUGAUAUGGCUAUACGGUGAAAACCGUCAGUUAAGAUUUUCUUGUUUCGACUUUUCUGCGUACUUUUGAAAAGCGCGACGAAACUUCACUGCUAGCGACAUGUAAGAUCAGAAUUUAUGAGUAUCGCACAGCUGUAAAAAUCUAUCCAUUCAAUAAUGUGUGAUAAUUUGAAAUUCAUCAAUUUCGUUCGACGAAAAGCUGACAUAGCAGCUAGUAAAAUUAGUUUCUUGUUGUGAUAUACCGUAGAAACUAAAGUUAAGCUUCACUUCAUAUCAGUAGUUGUGUAUAUGUUCCCUUUGAGAAAAACACUCGCCCAAGACCAUCUAUAUGUAAAAAAAGAUGAUUGUAUAAUAUCUUAGACGGAUCGUAGUUUUACAACAUAAAACUUCACCAAGGAUUAUCUAAACGCUGCAAAUUAAUCACUACCUGAAAUUUAAAUACAUCAGCGAUUUUUUUUGUUUUGCAUGUCCGUGCAUAAAAGAAAAAUUACAAUUAUCUUCAUGCGUGUUUCUACUUUUGCAGCAGAGGAUAAUCGCACAUCUGAUAGUUUUCAAAGUGAUUUUUUGUUGUACAGCUAUAUCCCAGGCUACAAAUAUUAUUAAAUUAAUUGUAUAGUUCUUAGUAGUUUUUAGGUUACCUACUUUUCUUUUAAUAUAAAUAUAUAUUUAAAGAAGGAAUAUAAGCUCUAUUGAGCUUGAAAAAGAGUAUUUGAAAUAAAGUUACAAGUAGCACAAUUUUUAAUUUCCGUUUAUGUACCGUGUGUUCGAAUUUACAGUUUUUUGUUUACUAGGGUUUUAUUCGAACAUUGGAGUCUCAAUAUCUAUCGUCUGAUACAAGAAUUCAUACACAAUAAGAUCUGGAAGUCGCUAGUAAACAAAAUAUGUUGGAACACUGUUUUUAUUCGCUUAUACUCGCCCGUAUUGGACCCUGCCUGGGGUCGAUAAAUGAUUUGUUCGUAAUAUCGUUUUGAACAUCAACAGGCUCGUGAAUGGUAUGUUGUGACUGCCCCUUUUCUAUUCUUUUCGAUUUUAUUUCUUACAGACAAUGCAAAAAAAUGUUGCCACCUCAAAGUUCAGCAGCCAGAGACGCCUAAUACACAACAGUGAAAUAUUUGUCGAAGACGUUUGGAGUUGUUUUUUAUUUCGUUUUACAUUCUUUCUAGGUCUUCUGGAUCACUUAACUUUACAUUGUUUUACCCAAAUGGAAACAAUCAUAUUUCAUAAAAGGCGGUGCCAUUUUGUUAAAUGGCGGUCGAGAAACGUCAAGCGUCACUGGUCAUCGAUGGACAGUGUUGCCAAUUGGUGCUGCAUGGAACAAAACUAGGGAAAUUUGAACUAUAAACGCAUUUUACUAAUGCUUCCAUCGUGAAACACUUUUACCAAGAACAUUUACACUCUACACUAACAAAAAUGAGUCUUUCUAUUACAAUUGCAAAGGUUCAAUGUCACUUUUGGCAACAGUAAAUGAUUCAAUCUAUUUGGGCAAGAUCAAUGAUUUGUUAGUUAUCUAAAAAUCUUAAUUCACUGUUUGUGUUGGGUCCGGAUUCUUCUACCAUCAAUCCAAAAGUUUUGAUUUUCGUUCCCAAACCGUUCGUUCUUCUUGUCCACCUUAGAUCUUGUGCGAUAUUUGAUAUUCUCUGAACCUUCUAUCCCGUAAGUGUAAAAUUACGUGAAUCGUUUUUCUGUUCGAGUUCGUUCCUCCUCCGUAUUAAGCAUUGUUGUAAAUACAACACGUAAGUGUAACUAUAUCGAUGGUUUUUGAUGUCCAAUAGUGUUAUACAUAAUACAUGUUAGUCAGGACGUAUUUAGCUUUACGAAUGCUUCAGUGGAAAACGUGACCGAGCUUCGCGAAGCUCUGAAGUGGUUUCCACUUCCAGCAGUUAGAAGUGAGGUUUAGCCGCGAAAAAAUAUCCGGAGAAUCGAAAAUACACAAUUUUGAUUAUUAUUUUCAAAGAUUCUAGUACUUAAUGAUUUUGGAUCUGAAAAUAUCGCGAGUUAUUUUAUUUUUUGUUUAGCGAGUUAAUCGGCUACAGUGAUAUUUUCUAUUUGACUGUAUCAAAAAAAUGUUAAAGCAAUCUCGAUUUUUCUUUAAUAUCCACAAACCGUCUCGUUUGAAACUCGAAUACUUGUACCCUAGUUUAAGUGACUAUCUCGCAACGAAUUACGAUCGCGGCUUUGAUCUUCAAAGGUUCUCCUCAGUUUUUUCUGGCAAAAUCUCGCGUGUGGUAUCUCUUUUAUUUUAGACAUAAAAUCAUCAACUCAGCACACAUUUGAAGCUUGUUAAGCGGAAAUCCGAUUUGCGAAAGCCGGACUUCUGCUCCGAUUGUUUGUAGAGUAUUAUAUUAUUGUGUAAUGUAGAAUGGUUAUGUUAUAAGAGGGAACAGCAAAAUUAUGUUGGAAAUAAAUAAUUUGUACAUUCCAUUAUAUUUCUGUUUUAUCAAU